AUGAGUGACUUCAGACAGGACUACAGAAGGUUGGGUGUCUUCUGUGCUUUAUUUUCUCACAUACCUGUCAUUGCAAUGACUGCCACUGCCUCUCAUGCAGUCGUCAAGUGUAUUAAAGAUUCUUUGGGGUUAAAGAAAUGCAAGAAUGUCAUCGGCAAUCCAGAUAGAAAAAAUAUUUACUAUAAGAAAGUAUUUCGAACCGGGCAUGAUGUUGACACCAUUGAAUCAAUCCUGAUGCCAAUUGCAAGUGAUCUUUUGCAGCAAAAGAUUGCAUACCCUCUAACUAUUACAUGCAUUUCAUUACGUUUGUGCGGCUUUGCAUAUAAGCUGUUUGAACAUGUUCUUGGAAACGAGCAAUACUUUCCCUCUGGUUCAACUUCAAUUCCAGCAAAUAGGCUAUUUGCACAGUAUCAUUCUCCACAGACUAAUCAAAUGAAAGAAGAAAUCUUGAGGCAGCUCUGUUCUGGAAAAUGUACAGUUCGUGUGGUCUUUGCUACCAUAGCAAUUGGGAUGGGGGUGGACAUACCUGACAUCCGCCAGGUUGUGCAUGUUAAACCCCCCUGCACUGUGAAAGAAUACUUUCAAGAAACUGGACGUGCUGGUAGGUAA